AUGAAUAAACAAAAAUUUCGCCGAGCGAUGCGAUGAGAUAGCAGAUUGAAUUUUUCAAAUUUGUGUUCGGAUCAAGAUUUCUAUUUUCAAACUCGUUUAACACUUUGGAAAAUUUUAUAAAAUGUCUAUCGCUACAAUGCCUGAUCACGGUGUGAAGACCCACGAACCCAGAUUCAAUCCGUACGACGAUAAUGGAGGGAGCGUUGUAGCCGUUGGAGGCGACAAUUUUGUAAUUAUUGCUUCCGAUACUCGACUAAGUACCGGAUACAGCAUUUAUACCCGAUACCAAUCGAAAGUUUUCAAAUUGUCAGAUAUCGCUGCUUUAGGCUGUGCUGGUUGCUGGAGCGAUGUGUUGACGUUAACACGUCUUUUAAAUGCUAGAAUGCAAAUGUACUUGCACGAACACAAUAAAGAAAUGACCACUCCGGCUCUUGCUCAAAUGCUUUCUACUAUGUUAUACUAUAAACGAUUUUUCCCGUAUUACGUAUCGAACAUUUUAGCCGGAUUGGAGAGCGAUGGUUCUGGAUGGGUAUACAGUUACGAUCCCAUCGGUAACAUGGAACGUAGCAAAUUUAGCGCCGGAGGUUCGAGUGGAGCCUUAUUGCAACCGCUGUUGGAUAAUCAGCUGGGUUUUAAAAAUAUGGAAAACGUCGAUGAUCGAUCAAUAAGUUUGGAGAAAGCCUUGGCGGUUGUUCGAGAUGUGUUUAUUUCAGCUGCUGAACGUGAUAUUUAUACUGGGGAUAAGAUUCACGUCACCGUAAUCACGAAAGAAGGAAUAAAAGAAGAUACUUUGGAAUUGAGAAAGGAUUGAAAAGUUUUAUACGAAAAAUCGUUUCGUUAUUUUGUACAAUUUAAAUGGUUUAAUAUAACGUAUUAUUUCUAUUUCUUUAAAA